AUGGAAAAUCUCAUUCCUGUAGUCAAUAAAUUACAAGAUGUAUUUGCCACUCUAGGUCGGAAGGAAGAUCAAAUUCAAUUGCCACAAAUCGUAGUCGUAGGAUCACAGUCUGCUGGAAAAUCAUCAGUUCUUGAGAAUCUUGUCGGCCGUGAUUUCCUGCCUCGUGGAACCGGAAUCGUGACUCGGAGGCCUUUGAUUCUUCAACUCAAUCAUGUUGCCUUAGAUGAAGAAUCCAAGAGAAGACGGACUAAUGGUACACUACUCACUGAUGAUUGGGCUAUGUUCGAGCAUACAGGAUCAAAAGUUUUCACAGAUUUCGACGCUGUCCGAAAAGAGAUUGAAGACGAAACUGACCGAGUUACUGGCGUGAAUAAAGGCAUCUCUCUGCUACCGAUCAGUUUGAAAAUAUACUCACAUCGUGUUGUCUCUCUUUCUCUAGUCGAUCUGCCAGGAAUCACAAAAAUUCCAGUCGGAGAUCAGCCAGCCAACAUUGAAGAGCAAAUCAGAGACAUGAUUCUUCACUACAUUUCCAACCCUUCUUCUAUCAUUCUCGCAGUAACACCAGCUAAUCAAGAUUUCGCCACAUCUGAGCCAAUAAAACUUGCCAGAGAAGUAGAUGCGGGAGGUCAGAGGACGUUGGCCGUUCUCACGAAAUUAGAUUUGAUGGAUCAGGGAACUGACGCUAUGGAUGUUUUGAUGGGAAAAGUUAUCCCUGUGAAGUUAGGAAUCAUUGGAGUUGUCAAUCGUUCACAACAGAAUAUUCUCGAUAAUAAAGCGAUUGUGGACGCAGUGAAAGACGAGCAGAGUUUCAUGCAAAAGAAAUAUCCAACAUUGGCCAGCAGAAAUGGAACACAUUAUCUUGCGAAACGUUUGAAUAUGCUUCUCAUGCAUCACAUUCGAAACUGUCUCCCAGCUCUCAAAGCCCGUGUUUCGAUUAUGAACGCUCAGUGUCAAUCGGAUCUUGUCGCUUUUGGAGAACCAGUUGAAGACAAAAACAGAACACUUCUCCAAAUCAUAACCCGCUUUGCCACUGCUUACACAUCGACAAUUGAAGGAACUUCUCGCAAUAUUGAAACUACAGAACUUUGUGGGGGUGCCCGCAUAUGCUAUAUCUUCCAUGAUACUUUCGGAAGAUCAUUGGAGUUGGUCAAUCCUCUUGAAAACCUCACGCAGUUGGACAUUUUGACAGCGAUAAGGAAUGCGACGGGACCAAGACCGGCACUUUUUGUUCCUGAAGUUUCAUUCGAAUUGCUUGUCAAAAGACAAAUUCAAAGACUUGAAGAACCUUCUUUGAGAUGUGUUGAGUUAGUUCACGAGGAAAUGCAAAGAAUGGUUCAACACUGUGGAUUCACUACUCAACAAGAAAUGAUCCGAUUCCCAAGACUUUACGAUAAAAUUAACGAGGUUAUCAGUGGAGUUCUGAAGGAACGUCUGAAACCAACAAAUGAAUUGGUUGAGAAUCUCGUUGCUAUUGAACUUGCCUACAUCAACACUAAACAUCCAGAAUUCACCGAAGCCAAUCUGGUGACUUUGCUGAAAGAGGAAUUGUCAUUGGAAGAUCGACAUGGUCGCAGUCGGAAUCGACACGCAUCUACUGGAGAACGGGCGGUCAGUGCUCAUGGAGAACAGCAAAUUGCUCCGGUUCCCGGAAUCAACGGAGUCGACCUCAACGCCGCCCUCCAACAGCAACAACAGCAAAAUCCACGUACUUCGGCUGGAUCUGGUUUCCUUGGAUUAUUCGGAAACACAUCCACUAGCAACAAGUCUUCUCCACAAGAAAAGCAAUCCGCUAACUUUUUGCCAGAAGUUCCAGAGACUCAAUUGGGAAGAAAACUCACAAGUCGCGAACAGAGAGAUGUUGCCAUUAUCGAACGUCUCAUCCGAAACUACUUCAUUAUCGUCCGCAAAAACAUCCAAGAUAGCGUGCCGAAAGCGAUUAUGGCGUUGCUUGUGAACUUUGUCAGGGACAAUUUGCAAUCCGAACUCGUGCGGCAGUUGUACAAACCAGACGAAAUGGACGAUUUGUUGGCUGAAACUGAAGAUAUGGCACAGAGAAGACGAGAUACUCUCGAGACGAUGAAGGCCCUUCAACAAGCCAGCGUUAUCAUAAGUGAAGUACGAGAGACACAAGUUUGGUGA